CCAGUGAGGAGAGAGGAAGAAGAGCGAGCACGCGGAGGGAUGGGGCGAGGCGCGUGAGAGCCUUUUAGUAUGCGCUGCAAUGCCCAACUGCAGCCCACUCAUCUCAACUAUGGAGAAUUAUGGUGAAAUAUGAGCGACUGAGGGAAGAGACCGGCAACUCCCAAACAGCCAGUCGUGAUGAGAUGACACAGCAGCUUGAGCCGCAGCACACAUAACUCAAAUAACUGGAGGACAGAUGGGAUGAAGACAUAAAGGAAGAGCUGGGAGGCAACUUAAAAAGAAGAGACUAACUGGAUCAAAAAUCCAUGCGUCUGCGCACCGAGAAAGAAAACUCCGCUGUUUGUAGGCAGAUCUGCCUAUGCCUGAGCCCUCAAGUGUGUGGAGCCUUUAGAUCCUCGUGGCCCAACGUGGCCCCACCCUCUCUGAAAGCUGCAGGCCUCAUCUCCCUCCAUCAUGACGGUUGCUGCCAGCGACCCUGCGGACGAAGCAGCGGCGCAUUCGGGUCAGCCUCAUGACCAGUACGACCCCGAGCAGGAUCAUGAAUGCUGCGAGAGGGUCGUCAUCAACAUCUCAGGCUUACGCUUUGAGACCCAGCUCAAGACGCUUUCUCAGUUUCCAGAAACUCUGCUGGGUGAUCCCAAAAAGAGAAUGAGAUAUUUUGAUCCUCUCCGAAACGAGUACUUUUUUGACCGAAAUCGGCCGAGUUUUGACGCCAUCCUGUAUUAUUACCAAUCUGGAGGGAGGCUACGUCGCCCCGUCAAUGUGACUCUGGACAUUUUUUCUGAAGAGAUUCGGUUUUAUGAACUGGGGGAGGAGGCUAUGGAGAUUUUCAGGGAGGAUGAAGGUUUCAUAAAAGAGGAGGAGCGACCACUGCCAGAGAACGAGUUUCAAAGACAAGUGUGGCUUCUGUUUGAAUACCCCGAGAGUUCAGGUCCGGCUCGAAUCAUUGCCAUCAUCUCAGUCAUGGUGAUUCUUAUCUCGAUUGUAAGCUUUUGCCUGGAGACGCUGCCUCUUUUCCGAAAUGAAGAUGGGGAGACUUAUAAUAGUCCCAUCCGGUCCAAGUCCAACUUCACCUCUAAUUUCGACAGCUCAUCAUAUUUUACAGACCCUUUCUUUAUUGUGGAGACGCUCUGCAUCAUCUGGUUCUCUUUUGAGUUCCUUGUAAGGUUUUUUGCCUGUCCGAGCAAAGCUGGAUUUUUUGGUAACAUCAUGAACAUCAUAGAUAUUGUGGCCAUCAUCCCAUACUUCAUCACCCUUGGCACAGAGCUUGCAGAGAGACCAGAGGAUAAGUCAGGCCAGCAAGCUAUGUCUUUGGCCAUCCUUCGUGUCAUUCGUCUCGUUAGGGUGUUCCGAAUCUUUAAACUCUCACGCCAUUCCAAGGGGCUCCAGAUCCUGGGACAAACUCUAAAGGCCAGUAUGCGUGAGCUGGGCCUCCUUAUCUUCUUCCUGUUCAUUGGUGUAAUCCUCUUCUCUAGUGCUGUCUACUUUGCAGAAGCAGACGAGCCAGAUUCACAGUUUAGUAGCAUCCCCGAAGCCUUUUGGUGGGCAGUGGUUUCAAUGACCACCGUUGGCUACGGAGACAUGGUACCAACAACCAUAGGAGGGAAAAUCGUGGGCUCWCUCUGUGCAAUCGCUGGAGUGCUGACUAUUGCCUUGCCUGUACCUGUCAUUGUGUCGAAUUUCAACUACUUCUACCACAGAGAGACAGAGGGUGAGGAGCAGGCACAGUAUCUGAACAUCCCGAGCGUGCCUAAAGCCAGCUCAGCUGAUGAGCUGAAGAAGAGUGGACGAAGUGGCAGUGGAUCCACUCUCAGCAAGUCAGAUUACGUGGAGAUCCAGGAGACUGUGAACCACAGCACAGAGGACUUCAGACCAGAGAGCAAGAAAACAGGAAAUUGUACCCUUCCUAACACUAACUAUGUAAAUAUCACUAAAAUGCGCACAGAUGUAUAAAAUGAGCUAMGGGAGAUGAUUGUCCUGUUAAAGUUCAGCUGGAUGAUGGGUGGAAGUUUCCCUCUGCUAAUGAAUUCUGUUUCCCAGUACAGGACCGUAAGAUUAUCUUGCAGAAAUGGUAAACGAGGAAGACAACAUGCUGGUCCAAGUCAUAUAGACUGAUAAUUGUAUACUGUAAAACUGCCACCUGUGUAAUUUAGGGCAUUUGGUCUGCAUGGAGUUAGAAUUAUGGUAACAUCAGUUUGUAACAGUUGUCCUGCUUGCAACACUAGCCAAAUAGUAGCCAAGCCAGUAAUAAUCAAUAAUUACAGCAUAAAGUGACCACUAUCAUCUGUCUAAAUGAUGGGCAAUGACAAUACCUUUGGAUUUUUAUUUGAGAACAAAUCUGUUUAUGAUUACAACUGAUCAACAUUCAUGAGAGGCUUUAAUCUAUUGCUUUAUCUGACACAACCCUGAGUCAGAGAGAGACACAAUCACCAAGAUCACCACUGGUGUUAGGGAAACCCUGAGCAACAGAGAGAGACACCGAGAUUACUGUCAAAAAGCUUUUGGUCAUGUUAACAAUUGUGGGUUUCUUUCUCAGAUGAGAUUUAUGAGUGCACUUGAGCGUCAAUCUCUCAACCCUGGCAGGUUUUUUUGUUGUUGUUUUUUGUUUGKUUUUUUUCCAGUAGAGAGCAGCAGUUAUAACCAUUAUGAAGCUGUGGUGGGCUGCAAAUCUGGACCAAAACAGCAUACACAUGAUCUUUACCUGCCAUGUCUUUUUAAUGAAGAUUUACAGUAGAUUAAUGCUGGCUAGAAAUCUGCCAUUUUUUAUGUUUACUCUUUAUCAAGUGCUGACAUGCAGGUAAACUUAAAAUGUCUUUUUGAACAUUGUGCAGGUUUGUUUAUUGAUGUGUUUAU